UACUUCAUUCGCUUAAACUCAAUGAACAGAGAUAGGAGGAGGUCCAGCAUCCAUGACAUUACCAGUGUCAAUAAUGAAGAUGCUCCUCGAGCUCCAAUUACAGGUCAACAGGUCAACGCAGCUACGCCAGCCAUGGGGUCAGUGGCCGGAGUGAAGCACCGGGCUCAGCCGCACAUGGCUGGUUUAGGCAUGUACGGGGCGGCGGCGCCUUUGGGUCAUCCGGUUGCAGCUCCACCUCACAUGGCUUCGGCUGUUGGGACUCCUGUUAUGCUUCCUCCUCCUCACCACCGUCACCAUCACCAUCACCAUCGUCCUCCAUACUUGCUCCCUGUUGCUUAUCCAAUGCCACCCCCCACAAUGCACCAAUAAUUGUGUUUCUUUUUUUAGUUCAUGUGAUUUUUUUUCUUUUUUUUUUUGGGUCUGAAUAAAUUUUGAGAUAAUGUAAAUGUUAAUAGACUAAUUUAUUCAUGAUCGUGGAUAAUU